UUAAAUAAUGGAAGACCACCAAAGUAUCCUGAAUUAGAAAAUGAAAUUUAUGGUUGGGUAAAAGAAUUGCGAAGCGCACUUAAACCUGUAACACGAGCAAUGAUGCGGGAUUAUUAUAACAAUUGGCUAGGCAAUGGUAUCUUAACUUACACUAAGACAGGUCGUAUUCAAUGCUCUGCAUAUAAUUUGAUUGCUCAAUGGAUACUUCAGGCAUGGAAUGAAAUUGAUCCUAACCUUAUACGAAAAGCUUUCAA